CCGUAGUCACGUUGGCGGAAGUGCGCUUCAGUGGCUCUGGGAGUCCGGCGUGGUUUGGGUGUUUUGGUGUCCUCAUCUGUGAUCGGUGUAUUUAGAAGGUUUUUUGUUUUGUUUGUGAGGUGAAGUAGAUGCUGGGUGAUGUCGCAGAUUGUUCCUGGACAGUUUGACGACGCUGAAGAAGCGGGCAGCGACUUGGCGUUCACGCGCGUCACGGAAAAACAUCCGUCACUAGAGGACAAACUCGGAGGCGUGACCCUGCAGUCACCAAUGCUUAAUGAUGACAAUGAGGAGGAAGAGGAUGACUAUGAGGACGAUGAUGAGGACGAUGAUGAAGAAUGGGACUGGAAAGGGUCAGGAGGAGAACUUACUAAACGCUACACUGCGAUGCGGACGGGAAACAACCAGCAGGCCAACAGACAGAAUACACAGAAGUCAGAAAAGCUCUCGACACCUUCAGACAAGGUGCUGAGGAAGUUUGAACACAAAAUAAACCUGGAGAGGCUGAACUAUGCCGAUUCCGUCAUCAACAAAGUCACUUCGAUGCAACGACAGAGAGAAUCAGACACGUAUCGAGUUAAAGACAAGGCUGAUCGAGCUACAGUGGAACAGGUUUUGGACCCCAGGACUCGAAUGAUUCUCUUUAAAAUGCUCAGCAGAGGCGUCAUUUCAGGAAUUAACGGCUGCAUCAGUACAGGAAAAGAGGCCAACGUGUACCACGCAACCACAGCUAAAGGAGAAAGCCGUGCUAUUAAGAUAUACAAAACCUCCAUCCUGCUGUUUAAGGACAGGGAUAAAUACGUCAGCGGAGAGUUCAGGUUUCGGCACGGCUACUGUAAAGGCAACCCGAGGAAGAUGGUACGGACGUGGGCCGAGAAGGAGAUGAGGAACCUGAUACGGUUGCAGACAGCAGGGAUUCCCAGUCCAGAGCCCAUCAUGCUUCGGGGCCAUGUCUUGGUCAUGGGCUUCAUUGGAAAAGAUGACAUGCCUGCACCCUUACUGAAGAACGCAGCGCUGUCCGAAUCCAAAGCGCGUGAGCUGUACCUGCAGGUCAUCCACAACAUAAGGGUGAUGUACCAGGAGGCUCGGCUCGUGCACGCGGAUCUCAGCGAGUUUAACAUGCUGUACCAUGAUGGAGAUGCCUAUAUUAUAGACGUAUCGCAGUCAGUGGAGCACGAUCAUCCUCAUGCCCUGGAGUUUCUUCGCAAAGACUGCAGCAAUGUUAAUGACUUUUUCCAAAAACACAGUGUAGCUGUAAUGACGGUUCGAGAGCUGUUUGAGUUUGUCACAGACCCGUCUAUCACCAGCGAAAACAUCAACCAAUACCUAGAGAAGGCCAUGGAGAUCUCGUCGGCCAGAACCGCAGAGGAGAGAUCCAACCAAGACAAAGUAGACGAAGAGGUGUUUAAGAAUGCUUAUAUUCCUCGUACGCUAAACGAAGUGAGUCAUUACGAGCGAGACGUGGACGCCAUGACGAAGGAGCAGGACAACAAACAGAACGAUAACGUUCUGUACCAGACAGUAACAGGUCUGAAAAAGGAUCUUUCAGGUGUGCAAACGGUUCCUUCGUUACUCGAGGGCUGCGAUGAAGAAGGCAGCUCCAGCGAUGAUGAAGAGGAGGACGAUGACGACGAAGAUGAAUCUGCAGAAGAGGACGAGCAGGAAAAUGGUGACCAGGACCCGGCGCAAGCACUGGACAAAAAAGAAAGAAAAAAGUUGGUCAAAGAAGCUCAGAGGGAGAAACGAAAAAAUAAAGUACCAAAACAUGUUAAAAAGCGCAAGGAGAAAGUGGCUAAGAUGAAGAAAGGAAAAUGAAAAGGAAUCGUCGUGUUUAUUUUAAUGAACGUCACUUCUGUGUAUCAUUAACCCCAAUAUAACCUCAUCUGCUGCAUCAGUAAAUUAAAACUACAGAUUUGCACUUUU